GCCAUCUUGCGGGCGCCAUGGCGGAGGCUGCGGGCGGGCGGGCCGGCGCGGCGGUGCCGGUGCCGGUGCCGGUGCUGCCGGGGCUCUACGUGGGCGGCGCGGAGUCCUGCUCGUCCCUGGAGGCGCUGAGGGCAGCGGGGGUGGUGGCGGUGCUGGCGGUGGACGCGGAGGAGCCGCCAGCGGUGCCGGGGGUGCGGGCCAUGCACGUCCCGGCGCGGGACGAGCCCGGCGCCGACCUGCUGAGCCACCUGGACGGCUGCGCCGCCUUCAUCGGCGCGGCCCGGGCGGGCGGCGGCUCCGUUCUCGUCCGCUGCCAGGCCGGGCUGAGCCGCAGCGUGGCCGUGGUGACCGCCUACCUGAUGAAGACGGAGGGGCUCGGCUGGGAGGAGGCCUACGCCGCCGUCCGGGCCGCCAAACCCGACGCCGAGGUGAACGCGGGUUUCCAGCGGCAGCUGGAGCUCUACGAGGCCAUGGGCUGCGCCGUCGACAGCAGCAGCGCCCUCUACAGGCGGUACCGGCUGCAGGUGCUGCGGGAGCGGUGCCCCGAACUUCAGGACUUGCCCCGAGAAGUCUUUGCUGUCGAUCCAACCAGUGUGUGUCAAAUUCCAGAUACAGAAGUUCUCUACAGGUGCAGGAAAUGCAGGCGUGCUCUGUUCCGUAGUUCCAGUAUUUUGUCCCACGUGGAAGGAAGCGGACCUACAGCCUUUGCCCACAAGAGGGUAACUGGCUCGGCUCGGCUGUGCAGUGAUGGUCGUGAGAAGUGUACCUCUUACUUCACAGAGCCUGUGCAGUGGAUGGAGCCAGCACUGCUCGGUGUGAUGGAAGGACAGCUCCUGUGUCCCAAAUGCACGUCCAAGCUGGGUUCCUUCAGCUGGCGAGGUGAGCAGUGUUCCUGUGGCCGCUGGGUGACACCUGCCUUCCAGAUCCACAAAAGUCGAGUGGAUGAAGCGAGGACUCUGCCGGUUGGUAACUUCCAAGCUGCCAAAACCUGAACUCAUCUUUUCCCUUGAUGGAUUUUUUAACAUCCACAGAGAAUGGCUGGCUAGUCUGUGGUUGCCAGGAGGGAGCUUGUGACUUCUACCCCUUUGUAAUGCAGUGGGAUUACUUGAAUGUUUGCUCUGUUUGAGCUUACUGUUUCAUUAAUAUAUAAAAAAUAGCAAACGCUUCCUUUGAAGAGGUGUUACAGUGGUCAACUAUGCACAAAAAUGCCUGAAUGUGAGGUUUUUGAUAUAUUUUAACUUCAUCUGUUGCUAUUUUCAGGAGGUUUAAAAAGGAUUACUAACAUGUUACUUUCAGGCUGUGGCCGGCUUAUCUGCCAAUCCAGAAGUUUAAACCAGUUUGUCUGAAACACACAGCUGAGAUUUUAGGAGGUAUAUCCCACAACAUAAGUUACAUAUCAGAGAAUUUCAAGGCUUAGUGAAGUGCCAUAAAAUGGUGGCACUGCCAUCAUUGUGUUCACUUGCAUGACAGCUACUAGCAGUGAAAGGCAAGUUCAUGCUUGUAUUACAAUAAAAGUACUAAAAAUGUC